UGUCAUUGUGAUAUUUGGCCUUCGUAGUUAUUUUGGAGUCACGCUUGUAGUUCUUCCACCAUCUUGAAUUGAGCCGACUUACUGACCGUGAUCAUCACGUGUCUGUUUGGUCACGAACUCCAUGGAAAACUGUUAGCAGGCCGUACAUUUAUCUUGAUGGAAGAAAAGCUACCAUCAGAAGGGACUCCAAUCGUUGCUAGUGCAGACGAUGAAGACGUGAAUGAUGAAUCAAACGAGGACCAAGGUCAUUUCAAGAGCAAACUCGGUCUCGUCUUAUCUUGUCUGGGAUGCGUUGUGGGAACUGGAAACAUUUGGAGAUUUCCGAGAAUUGUUGCUAACAACAGUGGCGGGGAAGGAUGUUUGCAGUUCCUGAUCGCCUGGAUAUUGUUUCUCUUCAUUUGGUCCAUACCAAUUAUUCUCAUCGAGUACGCAGUGGGCAGAUAUACCAGGAAAAGUACGGUUCGUUCAUUCAGGAUAUUGAUUGGUCCAUGGUCGUCAUGGUGCGGAGCAUGGAUGUCAGUGGUCAAUACUAUCAUUGGGUGCUAUUAUUCUGUAGUUCUUGGAUGGUGUUUUUAUUUCUUGUUUCGCUCCAUAUUUUACAAACUGCCUGAAACGAUCGAAGAAAGCCUAAAGACGUGGGAUGCCAUGCAGGAUUCCAGUUKGCCGAUAUUUUGUCAUUUUCUGAGCAUUUUGCUUGCUGGUCUGUGCAUCUCCAGAGAAGUGUCUUCAAUUGAACUUGUGAACAAGAUAAUUAUCCCUAUUCUUCUGGCGAUUCUUGUGUUUUCAUUCUACUGGGCUUUGUCUUUGAAAUAUGCGGAACAUGGCAUUAAAUAUCUAUUUACUCYAGACUGGGAGGAAUUCAAAGAACCAAGACUUUGGGUUGAUGCAGCCUCACAAAACGCAUGGGAUACAGGAGCUGGCGUUGGUCUAUUUCUAACGUAUGCUACAUUCAUGACCAAGAAAAACGGUGUCGUCAAAAUAGGAACCCUACURCCUGCCUGUAAUAACCUGAUAAGUUUGUUGUGUUGYAUCACGACAUUUUCCACCGUUUUCUCGGUGGAGAUGAACCGAGACUCACCAAAAAGUAAAGAAGAGAUCGUAAAACUACUCAAAGAUAAUGGAAAGGCAAACACUGGCCUUACAUUCAUUUGGAUGCCGCUUUUGUACAACAGUAUUGGAGCUGCCGGACCAUUUUUAUGUGCCUUGUUUUUUAUCUGUCUGGCAUUGGCUGGUYUCAGUUCUCUGAUUUCUAUUGUAGAACUUGCUGUACACACUUUACAAGAUAUGGAAGUUCCUCGUAGAUAUGCCAUUCCAAUUUCCGUUACUGUUAUGUUUUGUGGUGGUCUGGCGUCAGCCUUGGAUCUGGACAUUCUCGUCAAUCAGGAUUUUGUAUGGAGUUUUGCUCUUAUCAUCGCGGGCUCGAUGACGCUUUCUAUACCAAUACGAUACGGUGCUUCUCGUUUCAGAGAUACCGUCGUCAAUAAGUUUGGAUAUGAUGACUGGARUCUACCUUUCCUCUGGCAAAUUAUUGUAAAAUAUAUCGCCCCGCUAGAAGCACUGGGUUUGAUCAUUUGGUGGAUCAUCGAUACAGUAAACAGCGAGAAGGACAAAGAUGGCCUCCACUGGUAUGAGCUUGACAAAGAAAGCUUCAUGAUGGCUAUAUUGCAGUGGUGCGUGGUCUUGAUUUGCCUUGUCUCAAUCAAUGCAGCCUGGAUGCACUGGAGACGAUCCAGAMAAGAAGAUUACGCAGCAAUCCCUUCAAGUUAUGGCGCAACUGAACAAAAACCAAGUGGACCAUCAAGCAAUCCCUAGGGGGGAGGGGAAGAAAAAAGCUAUGCUUAAACACAUUUUGAUAGCACCACAUGCACGAGAACAUUAUCGAAGUUAACUUUUAUAAAUGUAUUAAUGUAUAGAUUUUAUAGUGUAAAUUAAGAUAGAUGCAAUCUAAUAUAAGUAAACACGGUAUUGCUAUUGUUACGCACCCGUGAGAGAUUGGGGGGAGACCCCUAGUAGGUCACGUUUUGUAAUCAUUUUCAGUUAUCUAUAAAGAUAUCUGUGGAAGCAGGAGAUAAUUCGUAAGUAA